AUGAAAUCCGGGGAGAAACCCGUUCGUUUCUGCACACCCACAGAUCCUUUCAUAGCAUUUCAUCUUGACAAGACACUCGUAAGAAAGUACAUGAACCCACUGUUGAUUGGGGAGUUGGCACCAGAUCAGCCCAGCUUUGAGCCCAGCAAGAAUAAAAAGCUGGUGGAAGAUUUCCGUGAGCUCCGUGCAACCGUGGAGAAGAUGGGGCUGUUCAACCCCAGCUGCACCUUUUUCAUGCUCUAUCUCUGUCACAUCUUGGUGUUGGAUGUUGCAGCUUGGCUCACCAUCUGGUAUUUUGGAGCAUCCACAGUGCCUUUCCUCUUCUCUGCAGUGCUUCUAGGCACUGUCCAGGCCCAGGCUGGCUGGCUUCAGCAUGAUUUUGGACACCUUUCAGUCUUUAGCAAGUCCAGGUGGAACCACUGGGUGCACAAGUUUGUGAUCGGCCAUCUGAAGGGAGCACCAGCCAGCUGGUGGAAUCACCUCCACUUCCAACACCACGCCAAACCCAACUGCUUCCGGAAGGACCCAGACGUUAACAUGCACCCCUUGUUUUUUGCUUUGGGAAAACCACUCUCUGUAGAGCUUGGUGUGCAGAAGAAGAAAUUCAUGCCUUACAACCACCAGCACAAGUACUUCUUCAUCAUUGGUCCCCCAGCUCUGGUGCCUCUUUACUUCCAGUGGUACAUAUUCUACUUUGUGGUGCAGAGGAAACAGUGGGUGGACCUGGCCUGGAUGCUGACCUUCUACAUCCGAUUCUUUCUCACCUACUUGCCCUUGCUGGGGGUGAAGGGCAUCCUGGGGCUUCAUCUGUUAGUCAGGUUUAUAGAGAGUAACUGGUUUGUCUGGGUUACACAAAUGAAUCACAUCCCGAUGCACAUUGAUUAUGAUAAGAAUGUGGACUGGUUCUCUACCCAGCUCCAGGCAACCUGCAAUGUUCAUCAGUCCCUGUUCAAUGACUGGUUUAGUGGGCAUCUGAACUUCCAAAUCGAGCACCACCUCUUCCCCACGAUGCCAAGGCACAACUACUGGAAGGUGGCUCCUCUGGUGAAGUCCCUGUGUGCCAAACACGGCAUCGAGUACCAGUGCAAGCCUCUGCUCACAGCUUUUGCAGACAUUGUACACUCGUUGAAAGACUCAGGGGAGCUCUGGCUUGAUGCUUAUCUGCAUAAAUAAGAAGCAGUGGAUCCUUCCAGAGGAAUUCCCCACCCUUGUUGCCUCCUGUGGUGAUCACCAGGAAGAUACUGCAGAGAGGACAGAGAGCUGGCUAAGCCAGAGGUGGGGAGGUGGCACCACUUAAUUCCACUGAUGAAAGUGAUUAAUAUGAUUAUUAUUAUUUUUUUUAAAAGCUGUGUUCU